CUUUUCUUGAUGAUUUUAAGUUUCAUCCCAGGUCAAAUUCAAAUGGAUUCGGUGACAACCUGCGAAAAAGGUUGGGUCACCUACCAAAAAAGUUGCUAUUAUUUUUCAACAUCCAUGGUUAUAUUUAGAGAGGCAAUGUCGGCAUGUUAUCUGUUGGGCGCAGAAAUGUUGGAACUUCAAAACGCAAUGGAAGAAAAAUGGCUUGAUAACCAGGUCCGAUUACGAGGUCAUUCGCCUCAGAUCUGGCUUGGCGCAAGUGAUGUUCAACAAGAAGGAAAGUUUAUAUCGGUUUCAAAGGCUGAGGAACUUCAUUACAGCCACUGGUUAAAGGGGCAACCAGAUAACGCCGGCGGAGCAGAAAACUGUGCUACAUAUUGGGUUUCUUAUAAAGCGAUGAAUGAUGCACCAUGUAACUACAAGUAUAAUUAUGUAUGCAAAAAAUGAAAAUU